CUCCCCGCUUCCCAAAUUCCAUCGCGCCUCGAGCUGGUGAUGCCCCUCCACGGAGGAGGGCCAAUGAUGACGUUACCUGGACACCCCACCGAGCCACUCAGUGCCACUCCCGUAUUCCGGCUAAAGUCUCGCGCAUCAACAUCCCGCCUCGCAUCUUGGCGCGCGAUUUGGACGAACCUGGAUUGGGCAAGCCGAAGGGGCAUCUUUUGACCUCAGUGACAUAUGCCGCCCCUUUGCGAUGUGUGAGAAUCUGUUUGCAUCUGAGGUAUUAACUGAGCGUAGCAGUCAGCGACGAAUCGGAAAAUCUUAACCACGAGUUGUCUUCUCUCAUCGCGGUUGGUUGAGCUGUAUUUUCGUAUACUACACACUGCACAUUAACGAACUCUGUUGCUCGCUAUCAAACAUCACAUUCACCAUCUAGUCAAGGACCCAAUCACUCCAUCACAAGCACCACCACAAUUUCCAGCAAGUCAACCCCCACCACCGCCACAAUGGUCCGCCCACCCUUCGCCCAGAACCGCACGAUGUCGAUUCUCAACAACGCCAAGGCCGGCGGCUACGCGGUGCCGGCCAUGUGCUGCUACAACAUCGAGUCCAUCAUCGCGACGGUGCGGGCGGCGGAGGCGGCGCGGUCGCCGGCCAUGGUGCUGCUCUUCCCCUGGGCGAUCGAGUACGCGGGCGACGCGCUGGUGAAGGCGGCGGCGGAGGCGGCGCACUCGGCGUCGGUGCCCGUGUCGCUGCACCUGGACCACUGCCAGACGCCCGAGCUGGUGCGGCGCGCGGCCGACAUCGAGGACGGCUUCGACAGCAUCAUGUGCGACAUGAGCCACUACGAGAAGGAGGAGAACCUCAAGCUGACCGCCGAGCUGGUGAAAUACUGCCACGCCCGCGGCAUCGCCGCCGAGGCCGAGCCCGGCCGCAUCGAGGGCGGCGAGGACGGCGUCGCCGAGACCGCCGAUCUCGAGGGCCUGCUGACCACCCCCGAGGAGGCUGAGGAGUUUGUCGCCACCGGCAUUGACAUGCUUGCCCCCGCAUUCGGGAACGUGCACGGCGAGUAUGGCCCGCGGGGUAUCCAGCUCGAGUACGAGCGGCUGCAGGCGAUCAACGAGAAGGUCGGGGAGCGGGUGCGGCUCGUGCUGCACGGCGCGGACCCCUUUGAUCAAGAGAUCUUCAACAAGUGCAUGGCUGGCGGCGUGACCAAGAUCAACAUCAACAAGGGCAUGAACAACCACUAUGCGCAGGUGCAGGACGAGAUGAAGGGGAAGCCGUUGACCCGCGUCAUCGAGGCGGGCACCGACGCUAUGCAGAAGGCUAUUGAGCGGUACGCCGUGUGGCUUGGGAGCGCUGGGAAAGCCUAGGGUUGUAAAUAUUGCCUUGUAUGUACCUAGUUAGACGACUUAAAAGUUCAUUGAUUCAAACCA